GAAUCCAGACGGUACCGUAUCGCCUGAGAGCAUAUGCCCCUCCGGCCCUCGGCCUUUUGCUUUCACGGCGUGCUCCUCUUAUCCCCUCCCGCUCCCGCUCUCACCUCUCCCCGCCCGCCCGCUCCCUCCCCACCCCAUGGCCUCUCGCGCGCCCACUCCUCCUCCUCCUCCUCACCUCCGCCUCCACGCCGCGUCCCUCUUCUCCCCGCGCCUCCCGCUCCCGCACCCGCGAUGCCGCAGCGGCCGGAGCCGCCUCCUUUCCGCGCUCCCGUCCCCGUCCCCGUCUCCCUCCCCGCCCUCGCGCUCGCAGCGCGUCUCCACCGUGCCGCCGCUCGAUCGCGAACCUGGGCCCUCCCCCGAGCAGCAGCCGCCGCCGCGGGACCCGGUGCUCGCCGCGGAGAUCGCCCGCCUCUCCGCCGCCCGCGCGCGGCUCCGCGCUGCGCGCACGCUCGACGACAAGCUCCGCGCGCUCGACGCCGAGCCCCGGGUCGCGGCGUUCUUUGGCGAUGGACCCACCAGUGGGGUUCUGGGUGGACUCGAGGCCCGCGAGGUGCUCCUGCUGAAAUGCCUCGUCGCGGCAGGGCAGGAGCACGUGCUAGGCGAGGAGCUCGACUGGUCCGCUGGCGGCCAUCAUGAUCACCACCGUAACGGGGCCGGCGGUGGGAGCGCCCUGCGGGAGGCGCUGUAUAGCCUGUCCUGCUUGGUUGGUAAGUGGAGCUCGGAAGGAGUGGCGGGUGGCGAGACGGGGAGCGGGGAGAUGGAGCUGCUACGGAGGUUGCUCAAGUUCCUCGACGACAUCGAAGAGUUCUAUGACUGCAUUGGGGGCAUCAUCGGCUAUCAAAUUAUGGCAUUGGAGCUCCUUUCAGCCUCGAAGGACCACAUGCACCGACCUAGCAAGGACAAGUUUGUUGAUUUCCAUGUUCCUGGUGGACUUAAUCUAUUGGAGGAUACAGAAUAUGCAUCUCAAGCAGCUCUGUGGGGAAUCGAGGGUUUGCCAGAACUGGGUGAAAUUUAUCCGAUUGGUGGUGCGGGUGAUCGUCUUGGUUUAGUGGACUCAGAUACUGGUGAAUCCCUUCCUGCUGCAUUGCUUCCAUACUGUGGGAGAUCUUUAUUGGAAGGGCUGAUACGAGAUCUGCAGGCUAGAGAGUUUCUUCAUUUCAAGAUCUUUACAAAUCAAUGUAUAACCCCUGUUGCAAUCAUGACAAGUUCUGUGAAGAAUAACCAUGAGCAUAUAAUUGCGAUAUGUGAAAGACUUGAUUGGUUUGGUAGAGGCCGUGAGAAUUUCCGCUUGUUUGAACAGCCUUUGGUACCUGUAGUAAAUGCCCAGGAUGGUAAAUGGCUAAUCAGCAAAUCACUUUUCCCUGUUGGUAAACCUGGCGGUCAUGGUGCUAUUUGGAAACUUGCAUAUGAUAGAGGUAUAUUUCAAUGGUUACAUGGUUGUGGCAGAAAAGGUGCAACUGUACGGCAAGUCAGCAAUGUUGUUGCUGCAACUGAUUUGACCCUGAUGGCAUUGGCAGGAGUAGGCCUUCGUUGCAACAAGAAAUUAGGUUUUGCAUCUUGUGAGCGAAGACCAGGUGCUACUGAAGGGGUGAAUGUCCUUAUUGAGAAACAAAACCUGGAUGGACUAUGGUCAUAUGGUAUCACUUGCAUUGAGUACACUGAGUUUGAAAAAUACGGCAUCCCAGAACCUACAGUAAUUAAUGGCAGUUCGCAGGUUAGCUAUCCAGCAAAUACAAACAUCCUCUAUGUUGAUCUGCAAGCGAUAGAGGAAGUUGGAUCCCGCAAUAACGCUAGUUGCUUACCAGGGAUGGUACUGAAUUUGAAAAAGGCAAUAUCUUAUGUGGAUCAUCUGGGCUUUGAGUGUAGUGCUACUGGCGGCAGGAUAGAGUGCACGAUGCAAAAUAUAGCAGAUAAUUUUAUGAACACAUAUAACUACAGGUGCAGCAAAGGCAUAGAAAGUGAGCUUGACACGUUCAUUGUAUACAAUGAAAGGAAAAGAGUUACUUCAUCAGCCAAAAGGAAGCUGAAAUCAGAAGACAGAUCAUUGCACCAGACUCCAGAAGGUUCACUCCUUGACAUUAUGCGUAAUGCUCAUGACCUCCUUUCUAGCUGCAGGAUAGAGGUUCCCAUGGUUAAAGACAACAGUGAGUAUUUGUGUUCUGGACCACCAUUUCUCGUAUUUCUUCAUCCUGCUUUAGGUCCAUUUUGGGAUAUCAUACGGCAAAAGUUCAUAGGUGGCUCUGUUUCUAAAGGUUCAGAGUUGCAAGUAGAGGUGGCUGAAUUUCUAUGGAAAGAUGUUGAGCUGGAUGGAAGCCUUAUUAUUCUAGCUGAUAAUAUCAUGGGUUCAACCAAGAGGAACGAAAAUGGUGAAGAAAUACUUCACUAUGGUGCCAGGUGUGGGAGAUGCAGACUGCAAAGUGUUAAAAUUGUGAAUGAAGGGAUCAACUGGAUUUCUCCUAGUAACGUCUAUUGGAAGCAUGAUGUUGAAAGAUCAGAAUCUGUAAAGAUUAUUCUUCAUGGAAAUGCAGAAUUUGAGGCAAAAGAUGUAGUCUUGAAGGGUAACCAUAUAUUUGAAGUCCCUGAUGGUCAUAGAAUGUCCAUCGUUCAGGACAGAGCAGGUUUUGUUGUUAAAUUAGAUCCUAUUAGCGAGGAAAUGAUGGACAGUGGAACCUGGUACUGGAAGUAUACAGUUGAUGGCAUCCAUGUGAAGUUGAAUAUGGUAGAACUAUAAGGACAUAACUAUAGAUUCUUGAUUCAUUGAUUUCCAUCUAGCUCAUUUUAUUGAGGGCACAUUUGACUAAUUAAUCUGGUUGACUUUAGUCCAGUUUGUAGGUGUUGUUGGUAAAGAUAAGAGGGCCUUGUUUUGUACAGUACACUUGAACUAUUCUCUACAUUAUUGAAGAGGUGAUGUACAAGAAUAGAUAUUAUUCAAAUAUGAGGAGAAUACUCAUUCUCCAAAAAUUCUCAAAGAACGUUGUUUCUAUUUGGCUUC